ACGAUAAGAAUCAUCCCGCAUGGUAACCCUGACAGUCCUCUCCCACUCACUUCCAUCUCCGACUCGUCAAUUUGCUUCCCGUCGCUCUCGCGUCGAUACUGCAAGACAGGGUAAUGGCCUGCGAAGGUGUCCUCCUUGGCAUGGGAAAUCCCCUCCUCGACAUCUCCGCUGUUGUCGACCAAGAAUUUCUCAACAGAUAUGACAUCAAGUCGAGUGAUGCAAUUCUGGCGGAGGAAAAGCAUCUGCCCAUGUAUGAUGAGUUAGCUGCAAAACAUAAUGUUGAAUACAUUGCUGGAGGGGCGACUCAAAACUCAAUCAGGGUUGCACAGUGGAUGCUACAAAUUCCUGGUGCCACAAGCUACAUGGGUUGCAUUGGGAAGGACAAAUUUGGAGAUGAAAUGAAGAGAAAUUCAACUUCUGCUGGUGUUAAUGUUCACUACUAUGAGGAUGAUACUGCUCCAACUGGUACAUGUGCUGUUUGUGUUGUUGGUGGUGAGAGGUCCCUAGUUGCUAAUUUGUCUGCAGCGAAUUGCUACAAAAUUGAACACCUAAAGAGAUCAGAGAACUGGGCACUAGUUGAAAAGGCCAAGUACAUUUACAUUGCUGGAUUUUUCCUUACGGUGUCUCCUGAUUCUAUUCAACUUGUGGCUGAACAUGCUGCUGCCAAAAAUAAGGUGUUUUCAAUGAACCUUUCUGCUCCUUUCAUCUGUGAGUUCUUCAGAGAUGCUCAAGAAAAGGCCUUGCCAUAUGUGGAUUAUGUGUUUGGAAAUGAAACUGAAGCAAGGACCUUUGCAAAAGUUCGCAGUUGGGAGACUGAGAAUGUUGAAGAGAUUGCUUUAAAAAUCUCUGCAUUGCCAAAAGCAUCAGGAACACACAAAAGAACUACAGUUAUCACUCAAGGUUCUGAUCCAGUAGUUGUUGCUGAAGAUGGGAAGGUGAGGUUGUUCCCUGUCAUCCUAUUACCAAAGGAAAAGCUAGUUGAUACCAAUGGUGCAGGGGAUGCAUUUGUUGGAGGAUUCUUGUCUCAACUGGUUCAAGAAAAAGGCAUUGAUGAUUGUGUAAGAGCUGGGUGUUAUGCUGCAAAUGUCAUUAUCCAGAGAUCAGGCUGUACUUACCCAGAGAAGCCAGAUUUCCAGUAAAACUUACUGUCUUGUUUAAGCAGUGAACAUGGCUAAAUCUACGCCCUUAAUGAGUUUGCCUGCCCCUGCAUUCUUUUUGUAUCCUGAACUAAACCUCCUUAUUGUUGUAGAAGAUGCUCUAAUUUUAAAACUAUUCAGCAGAUUUGUACUGCCUUCAUUUA